UCGUCACUAAUGAGCUUCCCCUCGUCCCAUCACACGCAAAAUCCUUCCGACAACCAGUCUUCGCAAGCCCAGCAGUCGACCUCACGCGCCUCGAGGCCAGCACGCCGCGGCCUUCCACCCAUCUCGACCCAGGCACCGUCUGCCGCCAACUCCCCGGCGACGCGCCAUAUUCUUAGUCGCAACUCAUCCGCUUCGUCGACCUCGUCUGUGCUGUCGCCUACCCAGCAGCAGCAGCAGCGCUCAAUUGCAAGUGGGGUGACGUCUACACCCACUUCAGCAACACUGCCACCAGCUCCUCAGUCAGCUGGCAGGAGAUUCGCUAGAGCCUCACAACAGCCGCAGUCUGCCUCGGCCUCGCCAAUCUCGGCUCAAUCGUCGGGCGCGCCGUCUGGACAGUUGACUAGCUUGGUUAUAACCCAGCUAAACAUUCUGCUGAGUACUCUGAAGGACGAUAAGAAGUGGGACAUACAAGCCGAGAAAAUCCAAAAGGUAAGCGUCGCAUUGGCAGCGCUUGUCUUGUGCAUCGUGACUGACUUGACGGCAGNNUUGGUGGAUGCGCACGGAAUGGACGUGUCGACAACAUAUUUCCGGAGGCUGUUGCAGAGCAAUGCUGCUCUAAUCUUCUCACCAAACCAAAAUGCACAGCGCUCAGCAUCAGACAGCGGGAGCUACCCGCUGCUCGUCAGCGAGAUGCAANAACUGACACGACUGCCUUCGCAAGCCGCAAAGAUUGCCGACGCUCUCGACACCAAUACCGAUGGCGACCUCUUCAAAGACUUCGACCUAUCGACCUUCAUGGACCACUUCAGACUAGACCCCACCGCGAAGGUCACCCUUGCGCUAGCCUGCAAGUUGGUCUCGAAGCAAGACAUCAAAACAAAGGAAGCCAUCGCAAACCCCUCCGCGGACGACAUCAGCUCCUCUUUCCUAUCCAGUAUCCUCUUCCGUCUGAUUCUCGACCCCCCACGGCAAUGGAAUAAAGAUGCCCAAGAACACCUCCUUGGCAGCUUAAACGAACGCUUCGUCAAGCUUCGCACCUACCCCUCAAGCGAAGUUAGCGCUUUCAUUGCCUUCAUGGAUCUGAUCCCUGCCAAUACUGCCCUCGUCCGCACCGUUCAAAGGGAGGGUCCCAGGGCCACAUCCUCAGUCGACAGCUGCAAAGACACUCUGGCUAGAGUCGACCAAAUUUCGCCGCAGUUGGUCGCUGUGGCACUGGCGUAUAUGCUCCUCUCCGACGAGUCUUACGAUAUCGGCGUCUUCGUUUCCGCCGUCCGCCAGCACUCCCAAGCACAAAACAUUGAUUGGUAUGCCGUUGUGAAGGCAUUCGACAUGGCCCCUAUGCGAAUCACCAAAUCGCAGUUCCUGGUUCUCUAUAACGCCUUGCUCCCUAUCGCUCGCGAAACCGACACCUUCGACAUUCAGUGUUUGUGGGGCGGUUCGUGGCUCUCGACUAACGCUCAGCUAUCGUUUGUCACAGCCUUCCUGUCUUGCUCGCCCCAGGAACUGGACGCUUCUCAGAUCCCCCGUCUGCGUGCUGCCUUUUCUAUGGACGAGUUUGCUGAUGCCUCUGACGAAGUCAAGGCCUAUGCGCAAAAGGCUGUGAGCCAUCCAAUGGUGUCUUUGGAAGCCACAAAAUUCCUCUUCCACGUCAUCUUCCAAUCGCAGGAUGCAUACAACCAGGCGCAGAACCUCGGAAUCCCCGAAAUCGUUAUUAACGCCAACACGGAUAUCUUCGUAUGUGCUGCGUCUGCUUGUGAGAAACCCUGGGCAGCCCUUCAGGAAAUGGCGCUUAACCAGCUCUUCCGUCCCUUCUUCCAUAAAUCUCUCCCUAACUAUGACUUCGUUCUGCAUGCUCUCUGGAAACACGACAAAUCUUGGCUGGCUAGCAAACUGGUUGAAGCUUACAAUGCCGACCCAACCUUACUAGCUAUUAUUUUCGAACACGCCCGUCAUCAUGCAUGGACAGAUACUCUCCUUCUCAUCACAAACGAGUUUGGACUGGAUCUUGCUGCAUAUGGCCACGGUCAAGGAGAGGUCGAUUUGGAAGUUUGGGCCCAGGGUCAUCUCGAGAUUUCGCCCCAACAGCUCGCUGGAGCCGUUGUCACAUUCUUGAGAAUCAAAGCCGAAGACGAACAGUCGGUUCAACGUGAUCACCCACAUCAGGUUGUGCCUCUAAAGGUCAAGACCGUCUACGCUCUGCUUAAUGUCAUCCACGGACAUCUUAGUGACGAGGAGAUUGGUGCCAUACAACGCGUCUGUCUUCAGGUUUACCCACGUCUGAUCAAUUAUGGAUACAAGUUCGACCAUGUGAUCGAUGCCAACGGCGAGAAUGGCAAUUCCCUGUCUGAGGACGCCGAUGCUAAGAUGCAAGAACAAUACAAGAUGAUGUACAGCAACGAAGUGGAUCCGAGAGGCAUGAUUGAGCGUCUUCAACAUCUUAAGGAGUCCGAAGACCCUGCCGACCAGGAUCUGUUCGCUUGCAUGAUUCACGGCCUCUUCGACGAGUACAACUGCUUUGGCGAAUACCCAUUGGAAGCUCUGGCUACGACUGCUGUGCUGUUUGGUGGUAUCAUCAACUUUGGUGUUCUCUCCUCCCGCGUUACUCUCGGUGUUGCUUUGUUCAUGGUUCUGGAUGCUGUUGCAGAGUAUACUCCAGAUGAUUCUAUGUACAAGUUCGGUCUCCAAGCUUUGCUUCACUUCAUCAACCGCCUUGAGGAAUGGCCAAGCUUCUGCAACCGUCUUAUCGCAAUCCCUCAUCUGCGCGGCACAGAAGUUUGGACCAAGGCCGAGGAGGUUGUGCGCCGUCAGCCUGGCCUUGAUCUCCGUGGUAGUGAUUUGCAGCCUGAGAUUUCACUUCCAAACGGCAACCUGGAUGAUUUCGUCCUUGAAUCACAGUAUCCUCCGUUCCGCAGCAUUCACGUCGAGGCGCCACUCAAACCGGAAAUCUAUGAGGAGCCUGAUGAGGAAACCUCGGACAAGGUCAUGUUCGUCCUCAACAAUGUGUCAAAGAACAACAUUGAGGAGAAGUUCCAGGACCUUGAAUCUGCUCUCGAAGAACGUCAUCAUCAGUGGUUCGCCAACUAUCUUGUUGAGGAUCUCGCUAAAGCACAACCCAACUUCCAGAGUCUCUACAUGCAACUCCUGACCAUGUUCGAUGAGAAGGUCUUGUAUGCAGAGGUUUUGCGAGAGACGUACAGCAGUGUGUCCAGAAUCUUGAACGCCGAAGCAACAAUGAACAACUCUCAAGAUCGUACUAAUCUCAAGAACCUUGCCACUUGGUUGGGUAUGCUUACUCUGGCUCGCGAUCAGCCCAUCCUGCACCGUAAUCUGUCUUUCAAGGACCUUCUGAUUGAGGCUCACCAAACUCAGCGCCUGCUUAUUGCUAUUCCAUUCACCUGUAAGGUCCUUUCUCAGGCCAAGGACUCCAAGGUGUUCAGACCUCCACAACCGUGGUUGAUGGAACUGAUUAGCUUCCUGGUCGAACUUUACGAUUAUGCUGAGCUCAAACUCAAUCUCAAGUUCGAGAUCGAAGUUCUGUGCAAAGAUUUAGGUCUCGACCACAAGGAAGUUGAGCCAGCUUCCAUCAUUCGCACCCUACCUCUACAUCUUGAAGGCGAGCUUCUACAACAAUACCCGACUGACACUAUGGACGGAUUUGGUGAUAUGCAUCUCAUGUCUCUAUCCAAGAGAGCCCCCAGCGAACGUUUCUCGUCCCAGGAUGUCCUCAAAUCUCUUCCAGAUCUCGGUGCUAUGCUCAACUACCCUCCUUCCUCGGGAAGCAUCUCUCAAGCUCAACUCAAGAACAUCUUUCUCGAAGCUGCUCAGCGUGCCAUCACUGAGAUUAUUGCUCCGGUCGUGGAGCGUUCAGUCACCAUUGCUGCCAUCUCCACAUCGCAGCUAGUCGAGAAAGACUUUGCUAUGGAACCUGACCCGGAACGACUUUCUUCAUGCGCUCACAAUGUGGUCAAGGCACUUUCGGGAAGCCUGGCACUUGUUACUUGCAAGGAGCCCCUGCGUAUGAGCAUCUCGAACAACAUUCGUAUACUGGCAGCGCAGAAUCUGCGUGAGCCUCUUCCUGAGGGGUCCAUCCUUAUGUUCGUAAACGACAACCUUGACACGGUUUGCAAGCUUGUUGAAGAUGCUGCGGAAUCACAGUCUAUGGCCGAGAUCGAUGCACAAAUACAGGAGUCGAUGGAGCGUCGCAAGAGACACAACGAACAACGCCCUAGUGAGCCCUUCAACUUCCCGGCUGUCAGCCGAUGGGCCUUCUUCAUCCCCGAUCCUUACCGACAGGAACCUGGUGGCUUGAACCCACAACAGUUGGCCAUCUAUGAGGAGUUCGGUCGUCAAAUGCGUCUGCCUGCUGCUCCUCACGCCAACGCGGUGUCGCAGGACAAUACCCGCCAGCUGCAGGAGCUUACUGACAACUACCUCACGAGUCUGCCUACCCCUGCUGAAGCCCCAGCUAUCCCCCGACAAGGACAACAGCAACAGCGUGUUGUACCUGCACAGGGUCAGACUAAUGGUUACAUGAACACCGAUGUCCUCAUUGCACACGUGUUCGAGGCUCUAGCCGAGCUUCAGCGUGCCGCUCAUGAAGCGCCGGAAGAGCACAUUGGCGAGAUUGGUCCUAGCUCACCCGUCCGUGAGGCAUACGCACAACUGAUGCGCAUGAUUGAAAGCUCUCCUGACAAGGAGCAACUGGCUCUCGCCACCGUGCAGAGAGCAACGCUGUUUGCCUACACUAAGAGCGAAACACGUCUCGAGAUCGAGGUCUUUGUCGAAGUCCUGAACCACCUUUGUUUGAUCUCCGUUACUACGGCUCGUAACUUGACUAUCUAUCUGCAGUCAAUCAACGACGACAAGGUCUACAAUGGUCCUGUCACUGUGUGUUUGCUGAAGACUGGCCUGCUCGAUAUCCACCACGUCGACUUGCAAACUUCCCAGGCAAUCAUGCAGAAGAAGGCUGUCGCUGUUGAGUUCCUGGGUGCUCUUAUCGAUGAGUUGAUUAUCACUGAGCACCCAGCUGCUCUUCGUGCAGACUUUGUCCUCUCCUUCGGUGCACUCGGUCAGUGGCUCUCCGAGGAUCCCAGCAUCGAGCUGGGCAAGGACAUCAUCAAGAAACUUCAGGACGUGUCUAAUGGCGCACCACCACCAAGUCCUCCUGCUUCUGACAAGCAGGAUCAACUCGAGUAUGUAUUCGAGGAAUGGGUACGUCUCCAGAGACCCGAAGUCCCUGAACGCUACUUGGUGGCAUUCGUUCAGCAGCUGCAGAGUCGCAGUUUGCUCAGAAACCAGGAAGAGUUCUCUGCAUUUUUGCGUGUCUGCAUUGAGAUGUCACUUGAUUGCUUCGAGCGUGAGGCUCUCACCUAUGGCAGCCUCGACCACGCCUACAUCCAUGUUGACGCUCUUGCAAAGAUGAUUGCAUCACUUGUCGCAUACCAAAGCGAGGGUGAAGGAGUUCUCUCAGGAAGCAAGACCGACUAUCUUAAGGCAAUUCUUGGUCUGCUUGUUUUGGUCAUGAACCAUCACCAGACAUCCCGUGCCGUUGAUCGCUUCAACGACAGAGUCUUCUUCAGACUCAUCUCCAGUCUUUUGUGCGAGAUCUCGUCUUUCAGAGCACACCUUGGUGAUGACUACCAGGACCUGAUCCUUGUCUUUGGUAAAGCUUUCUUGGCAUUGCAGCCCAGGUUCUUCCCUAUGUUCACCUUCUCUUGGUUGGCACUUAUCAGCCACCGCAUGUUCGUGCCCGAAGUCAUGAGAUCGACAGACAGAAAGGGUUGGGAUAUCUACCUCCAACUUCUCCAAGUCUUGUUCAGCUUCCUUGGCGACUUGGUUAGUGAUCAAGAGAUUUCAGUUCAUGCAGCAGAGUUCUACCGCGGUGUCUUGCGCGUUCUCUUGAUCUUGCAGCAUGACUUCCCUGAGUUCCUUACCGAGAACCAUAUGCGCCUCAACAGCAGCGUGCCUGCUGGUUUGCUCCAGUUGCAGAACGUCAUCAACUGUGCAUACCCUUCAUCCCNNUUCCAAGAGCUGCCUGAUCCUUUCACCCCAGGUCUUAAGAUGAACCGCUUGGAGCAAGUUCGACAAUUGCCACACCUUCGUGGCGGGCUUGAGAAUGUCUUGUCCGAAGCAGGUAUCGACACCGCCGUCGAAAACUUGCUUCAGGGCAAGGAUAUUAAAGAUGAUGAUGUCAAGACUGUCAUUGAUGGCAUUGAAGCUGAAGGCAAGCCUGAUGCUCUUACCAUCAAUGCUUUGAUCCUACACAUCGGCAACACUGCAACCGCUGGAUCAUCAGUCUUUUCACCCUCGGCCACGCCUAGCAGAGUGAUCGAGCGUCUGCUGCACGAAUCGCGUCACGAAGUGCGAUACCAACUGCUUAGCGCAAUCACCAACCAAAUCCGGUACCCCAAUGCCCACACUCACUACUUCUCGACCGCAUUGCUUCAUACCUUCACAGUCAGCUCUGAAGAUCUCCAGCAGCAGGUCGCCAGAGUAUUGGUAGAGCGUGUCAUGUCUUCCAGACCUCACCCUUGGGGUUUGCUUGUGACCGUGUUGGAACUUGUCAAGAAUAACUCUUACAACAUCUGGGAACUUGGCUGGAUGAAGACAGCACCCGAGGUUGAGAGAAUGAUGCUGAACGUCGCACACAGCUCAGGACUUGCACAGAGCCCACGUGCCAUGACCUAG